UCGGCGGCGCUCUGCGCCUGCGCUCAGCCUCUGGCAUGCUGGCUCCUUCCAAGCAGCUGUUUUGGGUUUGAAAUUCCAACAUGGCAGAGGCUGCAGUCCGUCUUCCCUUCAAAAACUUGGAAUGAUUUCAAAUCAUAGGCACCUUCACUUAACCCCAGCUUCCAUUCAUCAGCAAACACAUCGGAUCGAUGCUACGCUAACCUAUCGGCUGCUCGCUCCGCACGUUCAGGUUAAAUGAAUACCUGACGAAAGGGCCCACGUUUCAAGGCAGUGACAUUUGAUAGCUGAGAGGAAAAGUGGCUUUAAUGAAAAGCAACCUUUGGAAUUCCUGCUUGUGAGAAAUCCAAUUCAGCUUUUUGUGCUGCCAGCAAGAAAUGAUCAGUAGCACCAGUGUUUAUGGCUUGAAGAUGCAGUGGACGCCGGAGCAUGCCCAGUGGCCAGAACAGCACUUUGACAUCACCUCAACCACUCGGUCUCCUGCCCAUAAAGUCGAAGCCUACAGAGGUCAUUUGCAGCGCACCUACCAGUACGCCUGGGCAAAUGAUGACAUAUCUGCUCUGACUGCAUCCAACCUUCUUAAAAAAUAUGCAGAGAAGUAUUCUGGCAUUUUGGAAGGUCCUGUGGACCGACCGGUACUCAGCAAUUAUUCAGAUGCACCAUCGGGGCUCGUGAAUGGACGGAAAAAUGAGAGUGAACCCUGGCAGCCUUCCUUGAAUUCAGACGCCGUUUAUCCCAUGAACUGUGUUCCCGAUGUCAUCGCGGCCAGCAAAGCCGGAGUCAGUUCAGCCCUCCCUCCAGCAGAUGUCUCCGCGAGUAUAGGGAGCUCUCCUGGGGUGGCCAGCAACCUUACAGAACCCAGUUACUCGAGUAGUACCUGUGGAAGCCACACUGUUGCUAGUCUCCACGCAGGGCUCCCUUCUCAGGAAUAUGCUCCAGGAUACAACGGAUCAUAUUUGCAUUCUACCUACAGUAGCCAGCCCGCGCCUGCGCUCCCCUCCCCUCACCCAUCCCCUUUGCAUAGCUCGGGGCUCCUGCAGCCACCGCCACCUCCUCCACCGCCACCAGCCCUGGUCCCAGGCUACAAUGGGACUUCUAACCUCUCCAGUUACAGCUAUCCUUCCGCUAGCUAUCCUCCUCAGACUGCUGUGGGGUCUGGGUACAGUCCCGGGGGCGCUCCCCCUCCUUCAGCAUACCUACCUUCAGGAAUUCCUGCUCCCACUCCCCUGCCCCCCACCACUGUUCCUGGCUACACCUACCAGGGUCAUGGUUUGACACCUAUUGCUCCCUCGGCUCUGACAAACAGUUCAGCAAGUUCUCUCAAAAGGAAAGCUUUCUAUAUGGCAGGGCAAGGAGAUAUGGACUCCAGUUAUGGAAAUUACAGCUAUGGCCAACAGAGAUCUACACAGAGCCCUAUGUACAGAAUGGCCGACAACAGCAUUUCAAACACAAACCGGGGGAAUGUCUUUGACAGAAGUGCUGAAGCAUCAUCCCUAGCAUUUAAGCCAACAAAGCAGCUGAUGUCCUCUGAACAGCAGAGGAAAUUCAGCAGCCAGUCCAGUAGGGCUCUGACCCCUCCUUCCUACAGUACUGCUAAAAAUUCAUUGGGCUCGAGAUCCAGUGAGACCUUUGGGAAGUACACGUCUCCAGUCAUGAGUGAGCACGGGGAGGAACACAGACAGCUCCUUCCUCACCCAAUGCAAGGCCCCGGACUCAGAGCAGCUACCUCAUCCAACCACUCUGUGGACGAGCAACUGAAGAACACUGACACCCACCUCAUUGACCUGGUAACCAAUGAGAUUAUCACCCAAGGACCUCCCGUGGACUGGAGUGACAUCGCAGGUCUCGACCUGGUGAAGGCUGUCAUUAAAGAGGAGGUUCUGUGGCCCGUGUUGAGGUCAGAUGCGUUCAGUGGGCUGACUGCCUUACCUCGGAGCAUCCUGCUGUUUGGACCUCGGGGAACAGGCAAAACAUUGUUGGGCAGGUGCAUAGCUAGUCAGCUGGGGGCCACAUUUUUCAAAAUUGCCGGUUCUGGUCUUGUAGCCAAGUGGUUAGGAGAAGCCGAGAAAAUUAUCCAUGCCUCCUUCCUUGUGGCCAGGUGUCGUCAGCCCUCUGUAAUUUUUGUUAGUGACAUUGACAUGCUUCUGUCCUCUCAAGUGAGUGAGGAACAUAGUCCAGUCAGUCGGAUGAGAACCGAAUUUCUGAUGCAGCUGGACACUGUACUAACUUCGGCUGAGGACCAAAUCGUAGUAAUUUGUGCCACGAGUAAACCAGAAGAAAUAGAUGAAUCUCUUCGGAGGUACUUCAUGAAACGACUUUUAAUCCCACUUCCUGACAGCACAGCGAGGCACCAGAUAAUAGUACAACUGCUCUCACAGCACAAUUACUGUCUCAAUGACAAGGAGUUUGCACUGCUCGUCCAGCGCACAGAAGGCUUUUCUGGACUAGACGUGGCUCAUUUGUGUCAGGAAGCAGCAGUGGGCCCCCUCCAUGCAAUGCCAGCCACGGACCUUGCAGCCAUUAUGCCCAGCCAGUUGAGGCCCGUUACAUACCAAGACUUUGAAAAUGCUUUCUGCAAGAUUCAGCCUAGCAUAUCUCAGAAAGAGCUUGAUAUGUAUGUUGAAUGGAACAAAAUGUUUGGUUGCAGUCAGUGAUAACGUCUUUAAAAAAAAUGUAAUGAAUGUUGGCACACACACAUAAAACCUGCUACAUAGGGUAUAGAGCCCCUUUCCAUUAGAGCUUAAAUUGCAAAGGGUACUGGGGAAGACAACAAUUAAGUUGCAUCUUUAUAGUCAGGGUAGGUUUGGAGGAAAAGUGCGUCAGAUGAGAGCUUCUGAUCUGAAAGCCCCAGAUGACAGAAAGCGUUAUGUGGAUGCUCAGUUUCGGUUCAAACUAGACAACACUCACCAAGGAGCGAGGUGCGAGUGUGUUGAUUUCAGAAGGACAUGAACCUCGUGUGUUGAUUCCAUUCUGCUGUUCUUGAGAUUUAGUUGCUGUCAAGUGCCUGGAGUGGUGCUUUAUUUUUUGUUUGCCUCACAAUUACAUUGGUGGCAUGUGCUAAUAUAAAGAGCUUUAACUUCAAACAUUGUGGGACUAAAGAGAUGAACGGUUGUGUUACGACAGAAAACCAGAUUUUUUGCCAUUUUAAGAGCAACAGUAUUCCUCAAUCCUGUCUGUUCUGCAGUAUUAAGCUAAGAACAGGUAAAACAGGGUAACGGUAAUCUGGACCUUAAUUUCUGCAGUUCAUUUCUUUUAAUGUUCUUGUCUGCAAAAACUCAGGAAAGUGAUUGUGAUUUGUACAGUACCUCAAAGGAAUGUGUUGAAAGCACUAUGUACUGCUGAGAGUAAUAGGCUAGGCUUCAAUGUUACUUUAUAUUAAAAUGUAUGUUUACCUCAACAAUUGGAAGAUAGCAAGGAAAAUUACUUUGAAUGUAUCCAGAAAAAAAUAAUGAAGUGUGACACAACUGAAUAUUUACAAUUUAAAGUAGAAAUGGAAGGAUUUUUAAGUUCUUUUACUAAUUAUGGGGUAUUAACCAGAACAGAAUAAUUCUUAAUGUCAAUACCUGCAAGAGUUCUUAGUACAUUGCUCCUUGAUAAUGAAGUGAAAUGUUCUUGAAGGGUACACUGGUUAAUUGAGAGCUACAUAUUCAGUUUGUGUUAGUGUUUAGAACAGUCAGCCACCGACCUGUUUAGCACCCUGAAAGUCACAGUACCUAAAAAAACAAUGGCUGCUUUUCCCCACGUAGGUGGUCGUGGCUGCAGGGGUGGGCAUUAGCAGGACCUCUCUCAACCUGCUGGGAGUGGUGCCCCCUACUCACUGACCAAGCUUCUAGGCUUGCCAUGCCGUUUGGUAGAAUGCAACCAAGACAAAGAAAUACACUGCUGAAUCAGAACAAAACAAAAUAUUAAAAGACAACCAACCAACUGAUACCUAUCCACAGAGAACCUCUAUGUUCCUGCCCUAUUUUGACUCACUCUUGUCAGUGCAAUUCUGCUUCUCAUUUUGAAAUCCCGGCUAUCACGCUCCUGCGUUCAUUUCUACCUCAGUUUCGUUGCAAUUCUUUUGGAAAGUAAAUUGGAUAAUUGGAAGAGGAGGCACAUACCCACAUUAACUUGCCAAACAUGUUUUUUUUUUUAUUUUUAAUUCCAUCUUUUCUCAUAAUCCACUUCCCCAAAUCAUCAGUGUUUAUGUGUUCAUUCACCUCUGUCCAUCACCUCUGUGGCACGGGUGGCGUUUUUCUUACUUUCCAUUCUGCUCCUACUUCCCACUAAGUUCUUUGUAUCCUGUGAUGCUUUAUGUGUAACUUUUCACUGGAAGCUGGCUGAGGUUUCCAGUUCCUCUCCACUGUCCCAGUGCAGGCGAGAGCUUCCCUUGCCCACUGUCUUUGCAUACGUAGAGCAGCCGAGCGUUUUGAAUGUAUUUUCCUGGUUUCUUUUCUUCCUUUUUUAGUCUAGAGAUGCAGUAGCAAAACUGUUGCAAAGCACUGGCAUUUUAUGUAUUCAAUAAGUGAUGUACAUUUUUAAAGAAAUUUUAAAUAAAUGCAAUGAGAAGCCCCAAGAAAGGUCUUUCUGUUAUCUCUUUUUUUUUCUUCAAAAAUUUUUCCUGAGCUCACCUACAUUGUCAAAUUCUCUGUAGAAUAUUAGAGAAAAUACUGAAGGAUUUCAUGGCAUUCAAAAAUUGUGUAAUCCCCUUUGUUUUCCUGUUCCUAAAAAUUGAGCAAAUGAACCACAAUUAAAUAUACUUACUAUGUUAUUCUAUCAACUAAAACUGCGCUUCAAAAUAAAUGUCCAUAUUUUAAAAGCAGUGCCUUUCAUUAAGGAUACAAAAACAAUACUUCAGUAUGACCUCUGCUUUUACAAGUUAAUAAACUCCACAGUUAGUUUUGUUCUAGGUCUAUCCUACAUAUGAUGCACGGUAAAGAGAUUCUCAUGUCCACAUAAGCUUGUAGAUUCAUUGAUCUCACUGACAAGUUUACUUUUGCACAGUGCUGACCUAUUUUCUGUCUUUUAGAUACUGCAUCUUACUUCUGCCAACAUGUUUUAUGUGUUUCUCUGAUUUUUUCUUUCAAUUGAAAGCAUCUGUCGAGUUAUAACAAACCCAGUCUUAUUUAGACAACUUGGGAAAUUUUAAUUAUUGACUCACAAUGUUUUCUGGUUUGUAGAAUUCAUGCCAAAUAGGAGAUGACACUAUUGUGUUUCCCUCUAAUUUGUAAAACUGAAAAUAAAUGGAAGUCAUAUAUUGUGACUUUUAGCUUUAAAUCAUAGUAAAUUAGUUUGAAAUAUCAAUGAUUUAAAAAUUAGGUUGAGAUAUGAGUGGUCAAAAAUCCAUGAAUUUAGCAGAAGCUGAAGUUGUGCAUAAUUUUCAUUUAGCCUCACCAGGUCUAGGAUUAAGUGUUUGGAAACUGGGCAAGCUGAAGAAAUGAAGGUCUGUUGAAAAGAGCUAAGGAUGACCUUCAAAUUGAUCUUACUCUCCUGUGAUUCUGUAAUUCCACAUGGCAGCCACAUUCUAUGAGCUUCUGUAGUCCACCCUCCUCAAGAGCUCUUUUCUAACCAUCCCUUUGCCAGCUUGGUAUGGGAUGAGUUCCAUGUCCUCAGAAGUGAAUGUUUACAAUCAGUAACAGACUAGCAAGUCAUCAAGCCACAUACUCUUGGUCUCUUUUUGAAUGCUAAGAAUGUGAAGAAAGUUCCUCAUGAAGGUAACAUAAAGAGCCAGGCCAAAUCUCUUGUCUGGCUAGGGGAUUCAACUAUCCUACUUUACAGCCCCUAAUUCCCUUCUUCACAACUGUAAUAACAUUUCCAACAGGGCCACAAAGGAAGUGAGGGAACUGCUUCAGUAGAAGGAUCAAUAGAAAUUCAAGAGGCAGUUUACAAUGACCUUAUAUGGGACACAAAUGGAAACACUCUGCACUUCUGGCAUGCUUCUCUCCAAAAUAUUUAGAACAUUAGUGACAAUAUGGAAAACUUUGCUGACUGAGCUGAUCAAUGGAAUGUGAAGGCAGUAUACUUUAAGGCUAUUUACUUUCACACAGAAUGUUUAUCUAUUAGUCAGUUUGUAUUCAACUCAAAUGCAGAUAGACGGGUAUAAUGUUUUCUUGUGCAUUUGAAACCUAUCAAGGAGAAAAUAAACCAUUUCACUAAAAUACAUAGGCCAAACACCAUCUGGGCAAGUGAUAAAAGCUAUCCAGAGGCUAUACUAUGUAAAAUAGCAAGGUCAAGUUACAUGGCUUGUGUAGUACUUGGCUAUGCAAUUUUGAAAAGAAUACAUCCAAAAAAAUCCAAAUUAAUUCUUACAAUAGGACAUUGUAAAUUUAAAUAUAUUUCUGGGUUGGAAAGUAUGUUUUAGAGGCAUUUGGAAUCCCUUUCUCUGAAAAUAUAACCAUGUCCUAGCAGAAAGAUAUUUCUGUAAUCCAGAUUUCAUGUUUCUUUGCAAGAAUUGGGCAUCAUGGUCAUUAAACCCAUAUUGCAGAGUGAAAGGGACACAGUUUAUUGAAAUAUUAAGGCCACUAAAAAUUCUAAGAUAUAUAUAUAAAUAUAAAUAUAACUAGUGUGUGUGUUCGUAUGUGUGUGUGCAUGUGUGCUAUUUUCACCAUCAUCUAUUUGAAACAAACCCGUUGUUACAUUAUUCAAAGGCAACUGGUUGGUUACUUUCU